UCUCCGCGUCUCUCACGCGAUCCGACCCUCUUCUCUUUCCUUCCCUCUAGAGCGAGUUAUGAGUUCGGCGAGCAAUCCCAAACCCGUGGUCACCGGCUACCCGGCCGCUGCCGCCCCGCCCCCCGCCGGCGGAGCAGCCUACCCAACCGCCUACUCCGCCCCGCCGCCUCACGCCGCCGCUUACUAUCCCGCCCCCUAUCCCAACGGGGCCGCGCCGCCACCUGCUCCCUACGGCGCCCCCUCCCGCCCCAACACCAUCUUCCUCCGCCGCCUCCUCGCCAUCUCCAUCGCCUUCUUCCUCCUCAUCGCGCUCGUCAUCCUCAUCCUCUGGCUCGUCCUCCGCCCCCGCCUCCCUGCCUUCGCGGUUUCCUCCGCCUCCGUAUCCUCCUUCAACCUCUCCGCCACCCAGCAGCUUCUCUCCUCCGACUUCGACAUCACCCUCUCCGUCCGCAACCCUAACCACAAGAUGGGCAUCUACUACGACAGUCUCGUCGCCGCCGUCCUCUAUGGAUCCGACACCAUCUCCGAGACAAACCUCCCGCCCUUCUACCAGGGCAAGGGGAACGUCACCACCGUCCGGGCGCGCCUGGUGGCGGCGUCGGAGUACGUCGAUGCGGGCGUCGCCAAGGGGAUCGCCGCCGAUCGCGGCCGCGGCGACGGCACCGUCAACUUCUACGUCCGGGUUUUGGCCUGGAUUAGGUUCAGGUCCGGCGCGUGGAGGACGAGGCGGCAUGUGAUGAGAGUCUACUGCGAUCACGUCCCAAUCGGGUUCAAGAACGGGACGGCUGCUGUCGGAACAUUGGUGGGCCCACCGAAGCAGUGCCUGGUUAAUCUCUGAGUACGGAUAUCGAUAUCUUUGUCUUCUUUUCCUUGCAUUAGUGUCUGGUAAUGGUACAGUGAAUGGAAGUAAGCUUGUAAUUAGAUAUGGUCUGGAUGCUAACCGAUACUUCAACGUAUGGUACUCUUAGAAUUAUAUUUUAACAUGGAUAAUGCUCACGUAAAGAUAGAUUUUAAUACGAGUGUUGGUUACAGCUACAGGUCAUGUACUGUCUUUCCUUCUUUCUUUUUCCUUCACUCUCUUUUUUUUUCUGUUUAACAUUUUCGAAGUACAUGUUUUCUAUCUGU